AUGGAAAAGCCAUUAGAGGUGGAAGAGAAUAGCGUCGCUUCUAAUUCAAUUGAAUCUAUUUCAUCCCGAUCUCUAAAAUUCAAAAAAGUCUAUGAAUUUCCCAGCCACACCUUUAUACCAGUGGUGCCUGUGGAAUUUGAGUUGUGCAGCAGAAACAUUGGAAAUAAGGCAUUCUCUGCUGUAUUUUCAGAUUCUUUGGUAUCACUUGCAAUCACUUAUAAGGACAUUUCUUCGUUGGAUUUUGUCGAGUCGAGUUUGAACAGUAUUGAACAUUAUUUGAAAACCUUAAGGCCCACCUGCGAGAAAAAUGGUGGCUCACUUCAAAUUCUCACAGAAAAUGCAGAAAAGACCUAUCUCUUUGAAAGUGGGAAAUUCACAAAAGUGUUGGAAACGUCUUUGAUCAAGAAAAACAGUUUUGGUGACGAUGAGAUGUGCAUUACCAUCUAUGCGUGUUGUGUGGGAUACACAGUGAUGGCCAUUUUCACUCAUAUUGCUCCUUCUUUUCUCAAUUUUCAACUUCAACAUCAAACCCGUGGACAUUGUCAAUCGAACGAUUGUAAAGAAGUUCUGAAAAAAGUGAGACACGAACCAAUAUCAUCAAUGUUGAAACACAAACUAAUUCUAAUUUUUCAUCUGAGUCCAUCUUCCACAUUUAAACAUUUCCAAGAGCUCAUUCCAUUCAGGAUUUCGGUUUCGUUUGAUGACACUCGUUCGUUCUUCUUUUACAAGUCCUUGAUAGGGAACUGA